GAUUUUUCAAAACCCGAUUAAAUCCCACCUGACACUUGCCUAAGGUUGGUAGCACGAGCAUAACCCCCAAAGGAUUUCUUUUGAGUCGAGGAAAUGAGCCUCCCGACCGAUUUUGGGCCCGACUCCGGCGGUAGACUCAAAGGGGUUUGCAUCGUUAAGCCCAUAGUUUACGGGAACAUAGCGCGCUAUUUCGGGAAAAAACGGGAGGAGGACGGGCAUACGCACCAAUGGACGGUGUACGUCAAGCCCUACAACAACGAGGACAUCUCCUGUUACGUGAAAAAGGUCCACUUCAAGUUGCACGAAAGUUACGCCAACCAGAACCGCAUCGUGGUGAAGCCCCCUUACGAAAUCAGCGAAACGGGCUGGGGCGAGUUCGAAAUCGUCAUAAAGAUACACUUUCACGACCCCAAUGAACGCCCGGUCACCAUGUACCACAUUUUGAAGUUGUUUCACUCGGGGGGCACCAUGGAUAUCGGGAUGGAGCAGGGGAAGGGGCUCCUGUCGGAGAGCUACGACGAGAUUGUCUUCCAGGACCCCACACAGCUCAUGCACCAUUUACUGACGAACACCAAACAGUUGACUUUGGCGCGGUGGGAGCACAAUACGAAUUUUGAGGAAAAGAAGGAGAAAACUUUGAAAAGCAUCACAGAAGCGAAGCAAAAAGUCAAGGCCGAGAUUGGGGUCCUGAAAAACCGACUCAAACUGGCCAAAGAGACGAUUUCGCAGUUCAAGGAGGAAAUAGCCAAAGUGCAAGACAAUCAAUACGUGGUUUAAUAACUUUAUUAGGAAAUAAACAUGAAUAUAACUUUUUUACCCUA